AUGUGGAGUAUCUUAAGAGAAGGCAAUUUUCCAAGGGAAGAGAGUAAUGCUAGCGAGAUGAGCGUAAGAAGGAUCGGUUAUCCAACUCGGGAGCUUCAAACCACCGAACUGCAGUUGAUGCAGAAGCAUGUGAAGCAGAAAAUUCUAGCUGCAGAGUUUUACAGGGAUAUCAAUAUUCUGAUGAAUAAAGAUGCACAAACCCACGCUCCAAACAUCCCAACUGAACUCAUCGUGGACGGCUCCGGUGUCUUGGGGCCCCACCACUUCAUCGCCGGCGAGAAUCUUCCCCAGAUACAAAACCUUGACCGUCGGCUUCCCGAAAUCGACGAAGAUGUUCGAGGGUUUGAGAUCUCCGUGCGAGAUCCCUUUCUCGUGAAGAUACCGCAGCCCGAGGAGAACUUGGCGGGCAACGGUGGCGACCUCGCGUUCACUCGGGACGUUGUAACCUGCGAGGGUUCGUCCGCCGCCGCCGAUGUCCUCGAGGAAAAGACGGAUCGUACCGCCGCCCAUGUCGAACGCGCCGUAGCAUUUCAAGAUGUUUGGAUGAUCCAAGCGCUUCAAGAUUUCGAUCUCGCGGCGGAUUUCUGCAAUUUUGAGAGGGUUAUAGCCGCUGCAGAAUUCCUUCACGAGGAGCGCGCCGCCGGUGCGCCGGUUGACUGCUUUGUAAACCCUGUUGCCCCUUUCGUCUUCCGUCGAAGGGCCCACCUGCUCGACAUCGGAGAAGCUGAAGCUGAGAUCGGAUUCCAUUUCUCAACAGAGAGGUUAGAGAAUUACAGGUGCCUCGAGAAGAAAUUGCACAAGUCAACCUUCUUCAACAUUUGUGUUUGCUUGUUGGGUUACAAAUGGUGA